CCAUUGGAUACUCUUACCACCACUACCAUCAUCCUAAUCCCAUUCCAUCUGCGACGCCGUAGCGCCCACCUCUUCACAUUCGUAUCCCUCACAAUUACCUGACGAAUCCUCGAUACCACCCUUCCCAUCCUCCUCCUCCUCCGAUCUCUCCACCUCAUCCGCCAAAGUUGCAGGGCCUUUGCCGAGCUGCGACCACAACUCCUCACCACUCCUACUGCUACGAGUGCACGCCCUCAACGACUACCCUGCUGGCCAAGGACAUCAUCUUUCUUCCUCUUCUCUGCGUCCUUCUCCUUACCUCCGACUCCAGCCUUUAGUUGCUUCGUCCUUCCGCCGCUGUCCCAUUCUCCCGCGAUGUGCUAGGGCGAAGAAGAGGCUGAGCCGCGUACCGCCUUUGUGAUUGCUCCAAAGCACUCUUUCGACCGAGCGAUCAGUGCCGCAGGUCCUUCCAUUGCCAUGAUGGCCACGCCAGGGAGAGGUGUCGUGUCCACACCACCUGGUCAUAGCCCUUCGGCGCUGGCCAGCUCCAGCCGGCUACCAUCUUCCUCGCCCUUUGCCUCUGGACAGUCACCCAUAUCCCCUUCCUAUCCUCAUGCUGUGCCCUCGAGAGGGGCCGCAGCUUCGUCGGUGGAUGCCGCCGCGCGCGCAACCUCAAUGAAGGCGGCCAACAGGCUGACGAGGGCUGCCUCGCCAGCCGCGCCCAUCGACCACGACUUUGUCGUCCAAGCCGCCAAUCCAAAUCAUCCAGAACAUCAGCGAUGGCUCGAGAGCUUUGCAAGCGGCGCCUCCUCUUCCAGGAGAAGAAAGCCAGAAGGGCUCACGACGGGCGGAGGCGGCGAAGGAUCCACAUCAGCCCGGAGGAAACCCAGUCGCCCUGAUUUGGGUAAUGGCUCCGCCCGCAGUAGGGAAACCUCAGACAAUGUUGCGCUCGCAUCCUCCGACGCUGCCACCAAUACUCGUAUGCCGCCAUCACGAUCCACAGCUGGUGUCGCGACGAGGUCCUCCAUCAGCGCUGACUCUCAUGGCCGUAGAAUAGGACUGGCUGCGCCACCAGUCGCAUCCAAUUCGUCUGAUUCAUCGGCAGACGAAGGCGCUACUGCUGGGUCCAUUCGACCCACUUCGCCGUACCGUAGCAUUCGCAAGCGAUCUUCUGUAGCCGACGCGCGCUUGGAGGAUGCGACCCUACCUGCAAGGACAUCCUCCUCGGUCGCACUCGAAGGAGGCGCCCACCUCAACGGACAAGCUGAGCGGGCUGGUUCUGAGCGCAGGCGUAGGAAGAAGCGAAAGGACCGCUUAAAGCACAAGGACAGAGCGCCAGCGCCACCAAUGCCGCCUCCACGUAUCAGCAGCUCUGUCAAUUACCAAAGCCUACACAGCCCUAUGAUGGACGUCGACCUCUCUCAGCAGCAACAAGAGCCGCCGCAGCCGCUCACAGAAGGUUUCGAGCCGAUGCCAUACAUGAAUCAGUCUCCUGCGCAGCCCCUUGAGCCCGUUGCAGGUCCACUUGAAAAUGUUGAGCCAAGCAGGAGGGCCAGGCAACGACCGCAACCCUCCCAGUCUGACGUUCAGCUGCUCAGGGAUGCUGGCAUUGGGCCCGAAGUACCGGCGAAAGAACAGAUUCUUCCUCCUCGCAUCGCUUCCAAUCCGGCUUCUCAGAUGCAAAGGACAGGUCCUAGCUUGCCGGCGCGCAAUCCUGCAAGACGCCCGUCGCUCUCCAACAGACUUGCAUCUGCUCCUACGGCCAACCACGAGCAGACGAGUGCGGGCGCUUCCCAGCUUCCAGAAGGCAAGACGAUCCCACGUCAGCGCAGCACCUCCUUUGACAUCCUUCGGUCCACCUUCUCGCCAGCGGUCGCACCUAUCGAAUCCGAGACCGGCAGCGGUAACAGAAUCGCGUCCUCAUCAGCCGGCGCAGGCUCCAAGGUUCGCGCAUCUCUCGAUGGCGUUCGUCCUAGAUUCCUCACCUUCUCACGAGGGACACCAGCGCUGCCAGACGAUGCAUCUGAGGCCGAUUCGUCCGUCUCAGGUUUCGCAGGAGGAUCCCAGCAAGGCACAUCGUCCGUGAAGGGGCCUCGCAAGCUGCGAACAUUCUUCUCAUCGCUCAAGCUCGGCAGCCACGGGACCAAUUCGGCCAUGCCGUCGAAGCAGGGGAAUGUCUCUGUCUCUGCGCUACCCAUUGGCAGCGCCAUGGACGCGGAAGAGAGCUCUUCUCGAGGGAGAGACAGAAGGGUUUCUGAGCAGGGUCCACAAAUUGCGGCCUCGCGCUCGACGCAAAGCAUGGACCUUCCUCGUCCAUCGUUGACUGCACUUCUCGGUAAUGGUCGCAACGAGUCGCCGCCUGUACCUUUGCUACCUGCCCACUUCAGCAUCGUUGAUCCACAGCACGGGACUGAGAGCCCAAAGCUGUGGGCCAACACCGGCAAGGCGAGGCUAAGCCUGGUUGGUGAAGAGACUGAAAUCGACUCGGACCAUCCACGCGCUUCAAUGUCUGGCGCUGACCGGGAUCGCGCGGCAAAGGCACCGGUCAUUCCACCUUCACCCAUCGCAGAGGUCAACGAGAACUCCGGCAAGAGCUUUGGAUUCCCUCGGAUCGCUAGCAAGACCGGCCUGCGCAGUCCAUCGGCGCCAGUCAGCUCGACGGGAGGCAUUGUGGAUGCACCGAUGCCCUCGCCCUUGGCUUCAGAAGCUCACACAACCGCGUCCACCCAUAGCAGGGAGGGGACGAGCGACACAUUUGGUCGUAAGAAUCGCCUCGCUUCCCUCUGGACUCGAGGCGCUGCCCCCUCUUCUCAGCGUGAACGAUCGCAGACGAUGACCGACGGCAUCGCAUCCAAGGAGAUUCUCGUUGAGUGGGGCAGAGCUAGCCCAUCAGUGUCGUCGCGCAUGGGCCAGAGCCACCGCACGCAGAGCUCACAAGGCGAGUCAGUGGACAUCAGCGGCUCUCUUGCAGACAGCUGCGAUACUGCCGGCACCACGGGGCUCGGCAUUCACGCUCUCGAACCUCAGACCUCGAGGUCCAGCGGUCCGGUACACGAGAGCCGGCCUGCUACGCCAUCAGCAGGCGGCUGGAGAUCACGAGUCUCAUCGCUGGCCUCCAUCAAGUCCGUCAAGAAAGCACGAUCCCAAAUCUUCCGCGAUAGCCCUCAGUCAUCUUCGUCGCCCGUCCCGCCCCCCUUGCCAACUAUGCCAGGACAGAAGGGCCCGUCGAUGUCUGCUUCAUCUUCGACAGGCACCCAUUCUGGCGUAGGCGUCAACGGCAGUUCAGCGCCGGACGAGCUUUGGAGGCGGAACUUAUUGGCAGAGGCUGUUGGGCUCAGCCUUGAUGCUUCAGCGGUGGGAGACAAGGCCACUUCUGGUGGCAUCGAGAACAGGCCAAUCGCAUCGCGCUCUUCGCCUCCCAAUGGUCCAAGCAGCAAGGGAAAGCGUACGCCUCUGCUGGAGGUGGUGGCCGCGGGUCGCAAAUCGUUCAGUCGAGACAGAGGCAAGUCAAAGGGGCUCGAUGCGCCAGAUGAGAGCAUGCCUACGAUUCACCGAACGCUAGGUCCUGCCUUGCUGAGCGACCUCACCUCGCAAAGCGGUCAUGCCGAGCGAGACGAGGCGCAAAGCUCGGUAGCUGGAGGACAUAGCGAAGAGGAGCUUGAGCCGUGGGACGGCAUGGAUGAUGACGCCAACGAGAGCCUUGCUGCGCCCUUUGUUCCUCCUCGUAAAGUCUCAGUCGGCGGAACGCCCAAGCUCGAAGGCAUCGCAGAGCAAGACACGACGUCGACAGAGGGAUCUCGUAGCCAGAGCCGAUCAGGCAGUCAGCAGAGUCGGUCAGUCGUUCCAGGCGCUGGGUCGACGCCUGCGUCUCCUCCUCUCUCAAGGACGGGCGACGUUUCGACCACCAUCGCGGCAUCCUCAUCGACCACGCCGUCAGCUCAAAUCGUUAGUUCCUUCUCGAGCAACCGACACUCGAUGGGCAAGAUGCAAUCCACGCCUCCUCACCUGCACCUGCAGUCGCCCAACUCGACGCCCUUUGCCUCUUCUACUAACGUUGCUGCAGCAGAGGAGAGUGGCCGGUUCAACGAAUUCGUGGUCCCCUCGCCAUCGCAAGACUACCCUCAAUCGCCAGCUCCCCCCGCCGCCAUCGGAGCAUCGAGCAGUGGUCGACGCACACCUCGCCUUUGGUCAUCGUCGCAAGCCGGCAGGAAGUCUCCCGGCGCAAGCCUCAGAAGCGGUUACGGCGAUGGCGGUGGCGUAAGUCCUUCACAUGCUGGUCGCACCUCGUUCAGCACCGAUCGGGACCGCGCCCCUGUUGCCAGCCCCUAUGUGCAGCAUCAGGGGAUCCGUAGUCGUCAGGCAUCGGCAGACGGCGGCGGAAUCAAGGGAGCCCUCAAGAAGCUGGUACCGGGCGGGUCAUCUGGUGGCCUCUCGGUUGGUAAGAGCAGCACGAGCGGGACGUCUUCGCCGAUGGGCAGGGGCAUCAGCUCGGAGCAGUUUCAACAGAGGCCGUAUCAGGAUGGCCGAGCUGAAUUUGAUUCGGCUUCUUCACGCGAAGACCUGCUGCCAGAGGGCACUGCACCCAACAGCGGCCCUCAGCAGCAGCAGCAUCGUUUCCAACCUUCUCCCUCAGCAUCUGCCGGGCUGCGCGACCCAUGGGACGACAGUCUGGCCUCGGCGCAGGCUGCGACAAGGAUGCUAGAGGUCGAGCAUGAAACCCUUCAACCUAGCCCACUGGGAACACCCCUCUUCAGGCACGGUGGGGGAGGCAGCGGCGGCGGCGGCGGCACGGGCGCGACACACUCGACUGCCGGACCUCACGGGGCCGAACAGGCCAGCAUUCGUAGUGGGAGCAGCCGCUCGGAUCUCAUUCAUGGAGACGACACAGCCAGCGAGCGUAAGAGGUCAACCACGCCGGCAGGCGUGGCGAUGAACAGAGCGAUGAUGUCUUCCUCCUCCUCUCUGCAAGCAGCCAUUACGGCAAGCAGUGGCGCUCCUGCUACUACAGGCAAUUUGCACACGUCGCGCUCGAUGUCGACGAGCGAAGCGCAUGACACCUCUGCAGUGUCCAAUGAGGCGGCCCUCCACUCUCCCCAGACCCCAUCACGCAGCUCGGGUGGGCAUAAUCAAGUCUUUUACACCCCUCCGACAGCGGCAAGCAUGCUCCCCUCAUCCAGCAUGUCCUCCAUGCCCACCAAUUCCUCUGCUGUCUCGCCCUCCGCCUCGACGCUCUCACACCAGCGCAGCGGCAAUGCGGCCGGCAGUAGCAGUGCGAACGGGACCUUCCUGCCCUCGCACUCGUCUAGCUCCUCCUCCGUCGGCUCGAUGAUCUUUGCCCAGCCUUCCAAUCUUACAGCGGCUGACCCGCUCGAGGCUCUCUUCCGGCAGCAGAAGGCAAGGGAGGCAGAGAUGCUGAGGAGCAUUAGUGAGAAGAGCAGAAGGAUGGCACAGCAAGGCCAGCCGGGGCUGGCUGGGCAAGUGAUGGCUCAGAGCCCUUCUGCGCCGGGCAGGAUGGGCGGCGGUGCGAAUCAGCAGCAACAGCGGAGCCGCGUGCAGUAGGACUGAGCCGUGGUGACGGGCAUCACGGGCGGUAGCGAGAUGCGGUCAUCGAUAGAGGUCGAUUUCAUCUAGUCAAUUUUUAUGCCUGCUCUGCGCGUUGCACCGCACAGCGUCUGCAUCUUACCAUACACUUCCUUUCAUCCUUCUUGCUUCGCUCAUCCUGUAUUAGUGUGUCGUCAACGUCUGACGACGAGGACACGAUAUCUUGGCCUCGUCGAACU